UUUUCUCAUCUUAUCUUUUGUUCUUUUCUGCCAUUGCUUCCUCCGAUGUCUGCUUUCAAAAUUCAAGAUUAUCAGGCUGUGAAUUACCACUUACUCUUGUAUUUGUCCACUGUCUUUCAGCCUUAGGGGCAGACGGGUGGAUCCCUGGGGGAAUAACCUCCCUUGCAUACUAGUUGAACAGUCUUCAUAUAAGUGGAACAAGCAAAGACAACUUUUUUGGCUUGGUUUUUUCUGCAGUUCAAAAUCCAUUUUAAAUUACUUGAAUCUAGUCUUCAUAUAAGUGGAACAAGCAGAGAUAACUUUCUUGGCUUGGUUUUUCUCCAGUUCAAAACCCAUUUUAAAUUACUAGAAUCUGCACAUUUUUAAAGUAGUGGAAGAGGGUGGGAUAAAAAGAAGGAUAAUUCUGAAGCUGCUUUUCAAUGACGGUACGUUUAGCCACCUGAUUUCCUGAAACUGUGAAGGAACCACAACUGUACACAGAUUUAGAAGUUAGAUCAUCAAACUUGCGGGCUUUUUUUUUUUUUUUUUUAAUGUUUUUUGGAGCCGCCUACUGGCAGCCAAAACUAACUGAAAAGGGCUGUUUUCUGAAGUUCAUAGACCCACAGUUGAGACUGGGAGCCUAAAAGAGCAUGUAUAGGGAAAACAAGGAAUUGGAAUCAGAAGGAUUUUUGCCCUAAUGCUGACUCCACCCCAACCAACUCUGUCACUUUUGAACAAGUUAGUUAAUUCCUCAGCCUCGGUUUCCUCAUCGGUUUCCUAAUCAGUAAAAUGGGACAAAUAAGUACUUCAAGGCCCUGUUACAUACAAUAAGCAUUCUGUAAAUUGUAGCUCUAAUUAUUAAGUAGACAUUUUAUGGAUAAAGAAUCUCAAAUGCAGCGAUGCUAAAUGACUUGUUGACAGUCUCACAACUGGCUUUGAAUGAACUUGUAGUUAAUAUUUACCGAGGUCUGCUAUUCUAAGUAGUAUACACUUAAUCCUUACACUGGCACUGUGAAGUAGGUAUUAUAACUAUCAUUCCCAUGUUAAGGAUGAGAAAACAGAGACACCAAGAUGUCAGUAAAUAUCCUGAAUUCACAUAGGUUGCAAGUAGCAGAGCCGAGAUUUCAAACGGAGCAGGUGAACUCCAGGGUCUGUUUUUUUUUUUUUUUUUUUUUUGGAGACAGGGUCUUACUCUGUUGACCAGGCUGGAGUGUAGUGGUGGGAUCACAACUCACUGCAGCUUCAAACUCAUGGGCUCAAGGGAUCCUUCUACCUCAACCUCCCUGGUAGCUGGGACUACAUGCACAUACCACCACAUCCAGCUAAUAUAUUUUUUGUAGAGAUGGGGUCUUGCUUUGUUGCCCAGGCUGAUCUUGAACUCCUGGCUUAAAGUGAUCCUCCUGCCUUGGCCUCCCAAAGCGCUGGGAUUAUAGACAUGAGCCAUUGUGCCCAGCCUCAGAGCCAGUCUUUAAGUACCACAAUAUACUGCCUCUUGGUGGGCUACCUAUCUUAAAAGUGACAAAAUAAAUUACGCUAACAAGAUCUUCCAAAUUAGCAGUUCCUUUUCUAAGUGGUCAAACUAGAAUGCUCUUCCCCAUGAGUAUUAGACUCAGUCAGCCACCUUUCUCCGCCUACAAAGCAUCUCUACUCAUGUAAUAAUAUGAAAACCACUGAUGAUAAAAUGUUAAGUAACAGUGAGAUACAAAACAGUGCAUUCACAAGACUAUAACUAUGAUAAAAAGAAGCCUUAUGUGUAGAAGAAAAAAAACAGAAGAAAAGGCACCAAUAUGUUAAGUGAUGGGAACAAGGCAAUGGAAUAAUACUUAUUUUUCUUAUUUUCUAGACUUUUUAUAAUGUGGUUUUGUUCAGUUUAUAAUUAAAAAGACAUAAUUUAUUUUUUAAAGGGAGGGAUGGAGGUCUUUUGAGCCAAGCAGAACAAGGACAAAGCUGCCUUCUUGAAAUGCUAAGGCCCAGACACUUUGUUUCUUUUCUGUAUUGAGGGAUUCUUUUCUCUGUCAGGGAAACUGCUGGACUGAGGCUGGUUAAAGCUGAAAGCUUGCAGGUGCCUCCAAGAACAGCGCUACUUCACCUAACCUUCUUUGCUUCACCUCUUUGCUGAAUUCCAGAACUGUAUUUGGAUAAUGAUUCUUCUUGCUUUUCACCUAAGUUGAAUAAGCACCCUGUGCACUUUAAUCUCCUGUCGGUACCAUUGGGCCAACUAAAGACAAGGUUUUGAAAUCUCAGCUAUAAAAGACAUCCAGCCAAACUCUCAGUCUUGCCUUAACAAUGUUCCAGAGGCUGAAUAAAAUGUUUGUGGGUGAAGUCAGUUCUUCCUCCAACCAAGAACCAGAAUUCAGUGAGAAAGAAGAUGAUGAAUGGAUUCUUGUUGACUUCAUAGAUACUUGCACUGGUUUCUCAGCAGAAGAAGAAGAAGAAGAAGAAGAAGAGGAGGACAUCAGUGAAGAGUCACCUACUGAGCACCCUUCAGUCUUUUCCUGUUUACCGGCAUCUCUUGAGUGCUUGGCUGAUACAAGUGAUUCCUGCUUCCUCCAGUUUGAGUCAUGUCCAAUGGAGGAGAGCUGGUUUAUCACCCCACCCCCAUGUUUUACUGCAGGUGGAUUAACCACUAUCAAGGUGGAAACAAGUCCUAUGGAAAAUCUUCUCAUUGAACAUCCCAGCAUGUCUGUCUAUGCUGUGCAUAACUCCUGCCCUGGUCUCAGUGAGGCCACCCGUGGGACUGAUGAAUUACAUAGCCCAAGUAGUCCCAGAGUGGAAGCUCAAAAUGAAAUGGGGCAGCAUAUUCAUUGUUAUGUUGCAGCUCUUGCUGCUCAUACAACUUUUCUGGAACAACCCAAGAGCUUUCGCCCUUCCCAGUGGAUAAAAGAACAUAGUGAAAGACAGUCUCUUAACAGAAAUAGCCUUCGUCGCCAAAAUCUUACCAGGGAUUGCCACCCUCGGCAAGUCAAGCACAAUGGCUGGGUUGUUCAUCAGCCCUGCCCGCGUCAGUACAAUUACUAAUAGUUUCAAGUUUUGUUGGUUGGUUUCUCUUGGUUUGUGCUUAUGUGUAUGGAUGUGUGUAUAUGUACAAUGAAAAUGUUGUCUCUUUACAACCAACUGAUAACCAAUCACAUAGUUUUAUCAGUGUAUUUAGACACUAUCUUGAAAAUCAGAUUUAUAUGCUGUAUAUCACAUAAUGCCUUGCCUUUAACAUUUACUUUUUUGUACACUUUUUCAGAUUAUUUCUGGAAACAUAUCAAUAUAAUUACAGUGUUUGGUGUUUGGGGGUGUCUUUAAAUAUAUUAGGGUAUACAUUAGUCAGCAUUUUAAAGACAUUUCUUCCCAAGUACGAGAAUAGGCAUCUUUCAUUUUCACCUUAUUUUGUAUUACUUAAUCUUUUGAGCAAGCAAAAAUUUAUUCUCAGGGUCAGCAGUACACUUUAUUGACCAGUACUUGAUAAUCUCUCUGUAUAUGAUGAAUACAUUUUUACACACUAACAUUAGCAUUAACAGGUGAUAGUUGCCAUGGAUAUAAUAGAAUUAUGGCUGGACUUUCUUUUGAAAGAAAACUUGAUGUAUUCUGUGUUUAUGGUUUUUCCCCAGAUUAGUCAUGCAGUUCAUUUGGAAUUCAGGUACAUUAAGCUUUAGCGAAGAGUGCAUUCAGUAAUUCCAAUGUGACUGCAUGACGUGGUACAGACAUUACAGGUGUUGUAGACAGAGGCACUUGUCUCGUGCAGAGGGAUUAAAUUAGACCUGUGAAAUUACAUUUGGAAAAAUUCAUGUCUGUAACUAACCCAUUAGAGCAGUAUUUAAUUUGUUACGAUUCCUUCCUGCCAAUUCUGCCCACUCCUCACCUCGCAUCAGCUAUAAAUUUGGAAGUACUUGUCCAGGCACUUGAGUGACUUCAUAUUUCUCUCUGCCCACGGGAAAAGAGAUAGGCUUUAUAUUUCCACAUAGAGUGAAAAAUCCUCUGUCAUGGAGCCUGUCCUGCCAAGUGGCAAGCAAGAGUGUGGGGGACUGUCUGGUGAUGAUGUCUUUCAUGGCAUCUGAGUGAAGAGUGACAGGUUGGCUCAACUUUUUUCUUUUUUUUUUUUUAAUUGCCUUGUAAGUAUUCUUCCCUGCAGUCCAAGUGACUUUUCAUUUUUUGUUUUAACUUCAGGCAAAAUCUUUAACCACUCUGGCCUCUGUUUCCCCCACCAACGGGGAGCAGUGACAUUUACCUCCCUCACAGUGUCACUGUGAGGAUUCUAUACUGAUUUGAAGUGGAGCUGUUCAGAACUGAACCUUGUAGGAAAUUCCAAGGGCCUUUCUACUGAAUCUGGUGAUGGGGUGGGGCUGUGGCACUUUCUCUGCCACAGCUGUUCUUCACAGCGUUGGUGCUAAUGAGGCCAGGGUGCAGGGUUCGAUUCACACAUAGGCCAGUUAACUUAGAGAAAAUCUAUUUCCUUACCUCUAGCCAGUCACUUCCUUUUUCCGCAGCUGUGAUGGGUUUUGCUGAGCCAUCCACUCUGACUGAUUUCCUCUGAAGUAAACAUAUUUACAAUCCAAAGCAAUUCUACUGACAGAAGUGUUGCCUUCAUAAUCAAACAGCUUGUUUUUCCAUCUCCUCUGCAACCCUAAUUAAAUGAGUACAGGUCUACAGAAUGUUUUCAAGGAGAAAAACAGCAUAUCGUUAUGUGAAGUAUUAUAUUUUUCAGUAACGCUGUAGUGGCUUGAUGCAGGGAACCCCGGGAGACUUUCAGUGACGAGCUGUGCUCUUUUCUGACUAGACUAGAGCAUUUGGAGUGGAAGAGGUCAAAUGUGUCUAGUGAGAUGGAGGUUUUACAUUGUUCUUCUACUGGCUGUGAUGAAGUGCCAGAAUGUCUCUUUAGAACAAGAGUCUAGAUUCCCCCUUUCUCCUUAUUGCCCCUUCCGUUUUGACUUCCCCUUUAUUUAUUUGUUGUCUAAUUAGGGGCCAAGUCUGUAAAGUUUUGUCAAAGUGAGUUAGAAGUUGUUUUCUUACUAUUUGUGUUUACCAGAGUUGGGAGAUAAGGUAGAGUUUCCAUGAAGGUGUGUAUGUUUUAUAUGAUGUUUGUUAUAGGGCCAUGCAUUGGUAACUUGAAAAUAGACCAGCUUAAUGUCUUCAGGAUGUAAACCUCUGAAUACACGGCGUCUCUUUUUCAUACAUUGCAUGUAAGUUGUUAGUACCUCACAAGCUAUAGAAGUUCAGCCAUGAGAUUUUGCUUGGCAACAUGAACAGAUUUGUGUAUAACUGCAAUGGCCUUUUUUCCAGAUUUCCUUAUUGACUUUUUGUUUGCCUUAUCUGGGGCUAGUUUUUUAUGCUUUGUACCUAGAAAACAAAAAAUUACAUUGAUUGGGCUUUUUUUCAAGGUUGGGAUUACCACACCACCUAGAAUAUCAUACUGUGGUUUCUGUCUAAAAUUGGCACAUGUAAGUAUUGAAGAAAAUGGUUAUAUAAUUCAGUUGAAACUCUUGGUUAUUAGAUGUUAGGCAUCUCCUGUAUGUAAGACACAAGGCCAGCCACAACACAGAAUGAUGUUGACCUGUUAAGUAUUCUCUGAAACACGGCCCAAAUGCAUUUUAUUAUAAGCUUUUUUUUUUUUUUUUGCUAUUGUAAAUAUUAGUGGUUUACAAUGCGCUUUAGACAUAUUUCUUUAAAAUGCAAGCAGUGAGAAAUAAGACCCCUCUGAAUUAGUAGCUCUAAACUGUUAACAUAGAAUGUUACUUGGAAAACGUCUGGAAUAUGUGGUGUACACAAGCAGUGCUUCGUGAAUGAGUUUCUUAGCUUUUACAGUGCACCAUGUUUCUCAAAGUUUGUUUGUUUUUGUUGACAAAACAUUUCAUAAUAUAUAUCUUAUGUUUAUUUUUUUCUCAGCUAAUUGUGUACUGCACUGUAAGUUGAAAAUUAGCCAUCCAUUAUUUAUCUUCUCUGGCAGUGCAUUUAUAUGGUUGAUUGGGUAGGGAAUUUUUUGCAGAAAGAUGCAAAGUGAUUGGGUUUUUGACUUCCUAUCGCAGGGACCUUUUAAGAAAUAUUAAUUUCCUGUACAUUUUUCCAAUCCCCUGCAAACUGUUCCUGUUUACAUACCUUCUCUGUUGUAUCAGUACUUUGAGAAGACAGUUUAUUUAAAACUUGAGCAGGCUGUUCAGCAUUGUUUCUGCUUCUGAAAUCUGUAUAGUACACUGGUUUGUAAUCAUUAUGUCUUCAUUGAAAUCCUUGCUACUUCUCUUCCUCCUCAAUGAAAUACAUUAUAUAUUAUCUUUAUGUACUCUUAAGAAAAACGAGCAAGGAGGAGUAUCUUCAUUAUUCUCAUUGUCUCUGAGUUGGAAACAAAAACAUGAAGGACUCCAACUAGAAGACAGAUAUUUACAUUUAAAUAGAUUAGUGGGAAAAGUUUAAGAGUUUCCACGUAUUAGUUUUCGUUUUUUGAGUCAAGUAAGAGACUGCUCCUUGUACUGGGAGACACUAGUAGUAUAUGUUUGUAAUGUUACUUUAAAAUUAUCUUUUUAUUUUAUAAGGCCCAUAAAUACUGGUUAAACUCUGUUAAAAGUGAGACUUCUAUCUUGGAUGGUUUCACUGCCAUCAGCCAUGCUGAUAUAUUAGAAAUGGCAUCCCUACCUACUUAUUUUAAUGCUUAAAAUUAUACAUAAAAUGCUCUAUUUAGAAAACCUACAUGAUACAGUGGUGUCAGCCUUGCCAUGUAUCAAUUUCACUUGAAAUUUGACACCAAUUAAAGUGGUUUAGGGUGGAGAAAGAGGUACUGGAAAACAUGCAGAUGAGGAUAUCAUUUAUGUGCAACAGUAUCCUUUGCAUGGGAGAAGUUUCUCUUGAAAGGCAGGCAGCUUAAGUGGACAAUGUUUUGUAUAUCGUUGAGAAUUUUACCACACUUUUAAAAAUUGUGUAAUUGUUAAAUGUCCAGUUUUGCUCUAUUUUGCCUGAAGUUUUAGUAUUUGUUUUCUAGGUGGACCUCUGAAAACCAAACCAGUAGCUGGGGAGGUUUGAUGUGUGUUUCAGGCUUGGAGUGUAUGAGUGGUUUUGCUUGUGUUUUGGUUGUGUUUUCCUCCAGAGAUUUUGAACUUUAAUAAUUGCGUGUGUGGUUUUUUUUUUAAGUGGCUUUGUUUUUUUUUCUCAAGUAAAAUCGUGAACAUAUUUUCUUUAUAGGGCAGGGCAUGAGUUAGGGAGACUGAAGAGUAUUCUAGACUGUACAUGUGCCUUCUUAAUGUGUUUCUCGACACAUUUUUUUCAUUAACUUGAAAAUUCAAAAGGGACAUUUGGUUAGGUUACUGUACAUCAAUCUAUGCAUAAAUGGCAGCUUGUUUUCUUGAGCCACUGUCUAAAUUUUUUGUUUUUAUAGAAAUUUUUUAUACUGAUUGGUUCAUAGAUGGUCAGUUUUGUACACAGACUGAACAAUACAGCACUUUGCCAAAAAUGAGUGUAGCAUUGUUUAAACAUUGUAUGUUAAUAACUGUUCUUUGUAAUUGGGUUGUGGUGCAUUUUGCACUACCUGGAGUUACAGUUUUCAAUCUGUCAGUAAAUAAAAUGUCCUUUAACUUCA